CUACCAUGCCUUCGAAAGAGGUAACACGACCAGCAGGCAAGUCCGGCGAGAAGGGGCGGCCGAUCCCCCAGCCGGCCCCGAAGCUCAUCGUCGGCAACAUCUUCGACAUUGAUCCCCUCAAGUCGAUGCAGUCGAUGAUGCGUCUCGCGCGCAUCCACGGCGAGAUCUACCAGCUCAAGCUGUUCGAGAUGAUCAUAUUUGUCUCGUCGCAGGAGCUGGUGCACUACAUUUCCGACGAGACCAAGUUUGAGAAGUGUGUAUCUAAGCCGCUGCAAGAGGUUCGCAACUUUGCAGGCGACGGCCUUUUCACGGCCUUCAACAGCGAGCACAACUGGACUUUAGCACACCGCAUCCUCAUCCCGGCGUUCGGGCCGCUUGCGAUUAAGAAGAUGCAGCCUAUGAUGCUGGACGUCAUCACGCAGAUGCUCAUGUUCUGGGAACAUCACGCGGGCGAACCCCUUGAGGCGGCUGACCAAUUUACGCGCCUGACCUUUGACACGAUCGGAUACUGCGCGUUCAAGUACCGCUUCAACUCAUUCCACACCGAGAAGGUGCACCCGUUCAUCGACAUCAUGGUCAAGCUCCUGGCCGAGUCGCAGGCGCGCUCUCGCCGUCCAGGCCUCAUGCAGAGCGUCAUGUGGAGCAGCGAGGCAGAGUUCCGCGCCAACGUCAAGGAGCUGCACCGGUUGUGCGACGAGAUUGUCGCCGCACGCCGAAGAAACCCAGACCCCAACGCGCACGACCUGCUUAACAACAUGAUCUUGGACUCGGACCCGAAGACAGGAGAGCACCUCAGCGACGAGAAUAUCCGCUACCAGAUGGUGACUUUCCUGAUUGCAGGGCACGAGACGACGUCGGGCAUGCUGUCCUUCGCGACAUACUACAUGCUCAAGAACCCGAGCACCUUCGCCAAGGCGCGAGAGGAGGCCGACGCCGCGAUCAAGAAGGCCGGCGGCAGCCUCCUUAAGGUCAACCCCGCCGACCUCAAGUAUAUCGACGCGAUCUGCAAGGAGGCGCUGCGACUGCAGCCCACCGCACCGGCAUGGGCUGUUGUCCCGAAGAGCGAGAAGGGCGAGACCCUCCCCGGCGGCUACUACAUCGCGCCGGGCCAGAACGUUGUGGCGCUACUCUUGAUGCUGCACCGUGACCCUAAGGCGUGGGGCGAGGACGCCGAGGCCUUCCGACCCCAGCGCUGGCUGGAUGGGCGCGUGAUCCCGCCCGACGCAUGGAAGCCUUUUGGGAACGGGCAGCGCGGGUGUAUUGGCCGCGGCUUUGCGAUGCAGGAGGCCGUUCUCGCGAUCGCGCUCAUCGUCGCGCGCUUCGACCUCGAGAUGGCGGAUCCCACCUACGACCUCGAGAUCAAGGAGACGCUCACGCUCAAGCCGGAGAAUUUCAAGAUUAUCGCGCGCCCCCGCUUUGGUCGCAACCAGAGCAUUCUUUCCGAACUUCUCGCGUCUGCGAACGGCAGCAAUAACUACACCUACACGACCGAGGCCAAGGGCGACGUGGCCACGUCGUCGGGAGGCCACGGUGAGAAGAUCUACGUGCUCUAUGGGUCCAAUUCCGGCUCGUGUGAGGGCCUUUCAAAGGAGCUUGUGAGCGAGGGCGACGCGCGCGGCUUCAACAUGAGAAUUGGCGAGCUCGACUCGGUCGCGGGCGGCGGCGUGCUCCCCACUGACGCGCCGGUGAUUAUCGUGACGGCAUCGUAUGAGGGCCAGCCAACGGACAACGCGCGCAUGUUCGUGGCGGCCCUCGCUGCCAACAAGAACACGGACAGCCUGAAAGGCGUGCGGUACAUGGUUAUGGGCGCCGGCCACCACGACUGGGCGCAGACGUUCCACAAAAUUCCGAAGUUCAUCGACACGCGCUUGGCGGAGCUCGGUGCCGAGCGCCUUGUGCCACUCUCGACAGGCAAUGCGGCCGAGGAUAUCGUUGGCGACUUCGAAGCGUUCAAGGCCAGAGUGUGGAAGCAUUUCGGCGGCGGCCCCGCCAGCACUGACGCCGCCGCCAUGCCGGCCGACGAGAGCGCGCAGCCGUUCCUCCUUCUACCACGGACCGCCAACCCCGCAGCGGCUACCGUGGGCUGCGGCAUUGAGACGGUUGGCACAGUGAUCGAACAGGACGUGCUUACUAGGGUGUCCGAGAACUCUCUCCAAACCAACCAGAUCACUAUCCAGCUGCCCAAGGGCCAACAGUACCGGGCAGGCGACUACCUCGCCGUGUUCCCGAAAAAUCCCAAGCCGACGGUCGACCGCGCUCUUGAGCACUUCGGUCUCCACACUGAAGACACGGUUGUGUUCAACCGUCCCACGUCGUUCUUCCCUCUGAAACUCCCCAUGCGGGUCGGUGACAUGCUUUCUUCAUUCGUCGAACUUGGCCAACCCGUCUCAAAAACCGUCCUCCCACAGCUUUUGCCGCACUGCGACGAGCAGGCCACGAAGCGCCUCGAGGCUCUCGAGGCCAACUACGUCCAGGAAGUGGUCGGCCCCCGCCUUUCGCUCCUCGACCUAGUCUUGACCACGCCCGGGUGCAAGCCGCCCAUGGACGUGUUCCUCGCAAACCUCCCCAAGAUGAAGAUCCGACAGUACUCUAUCUCCUCGACACCGCUCGAGGAACCCGACAAGGUCACGCUGACCUUCACGGUGCACACCGCGCCGAGUGCAGUAGGCGACCGCGUUUUGGGCGUCGCGAGCAACUACCUCGCCUUCCUGAACCGCGGAGAAGAUUUGCUGUGCACUGUCAAAGGAUCUGCGGGCUUCCAUCUCCCGGCGGAUCCCGAGGUGCCCGUUGUGAUGUUCGCAGCAGGAUCCGGCAUCGCCCCCUUCUUGGGCUUCAUCGCCGAGCGCGCCCAGAUGGCCGCUGGCGGGCGCAAGGUCGGUCGCACCGUGCUGUACUACGGCACGCGAACUUCGGUGGAGAUGGUGCGCAAAGACAAGUUCGCGCAGUGGGUUAAGGACGGCGUGCUCGACUUCCGUCCAGUCCUGUCUCGGUCGAACGCGAAGGAGGUCGCGGGUGUGCCUGGGGUCGCGCUGCUUCCCGAAGCUAAAUACGUCCAGGACCGCGUGUGGGUGGACAAGGACGACAUGGCGGACCUCUUUGCCGCAGGCGCACAGUACUACACUUGCGGGAGCGGCCAGCGGUUAGGCCAUGACCUGAAACAGACUCUUGUCAAGAUCAUUGCCGAGAAAAAACCUGAAGGCGACAACGAGACGCCCGAGGCGAUCAUGGAGCGCUUCGCGCGCGAGCGCUACCGUACCGAUGUGUUCCUUUAGACCAGACCAUAGCUUGUACGCUGAGACUGUAUCCGAUAAACCAUUAAUUAAAU